UCUAUCGCUCUUUCUCUCUCUCUCUCCCUCUCUCUUGCUCUCGCUCUCUGCCUUCCGAAUUAUCAUACACACGCGCACACACGGAGAUGCAAACAGGCACCUAUAUCUUCUGUUUUCUCCAAGAUUAACAAUCGCAGCCCAUCGUGCGACACUCAGUGUCCACCGUAAGCAAGGAAAUAAGAAGCUGCAGAUUCUCAACGCUCAAAUCGGUUGUCACGUAUAACGAGCUAAGGAGCGUCGCUUAUGAUUUUGUAUUUCACAAUACCCUGAGCGCAUCUAUUGCAGAUGUACCGUUUAUUUCAUCUUAUUUAACAACUGGGUCCCUGUAUACAACUUCUUAACUGUAGACUGUCCAGAAACAUGCCACAGAUCUGGCGGUCAAGCUUUACAUAAGAGCGACAUCUUUCUGGUAUUCAUUUCUUCGAUCUGUUUCGGAAGAGUGACUUUUAAUACCCGAUGUGACAUUUUCACCUUUUUAUUCGUGGGGAAUGAUGUGGAGCUUUCACGACUGUGUUGGAUUUCUUUUCUUUGCCAGUUUCUGCAUUCAGCUUGUAUUUUCUUCGCAUGCAAAGUUUACUGAACUGCCUACAAAUGUGACAGCUAAAGAAGGCCAAAACGUGGAGAUGUCAUGCGCUUUCCAAAGUGGAUUGUCAUCUGUCUAUCUGGAGAUUCAGUGGUGGUUUAUAAGAAUUCCUGAUGAGCAAAAUAACAGUGAAGAGGUUACUGGGACUCAGGUGGAGGUUUUACCAGAAAGAGAUCCAGAUGAUGAUGGAACUAAAAUAAGUACAGUAAAGGUACAAGGAAAUGAUAUCUCCCACAAGCUACAAAUAUCCAAAGUGGAGAAAGAUGAUGAAGGUCUUUAUGAAUGCAGGGUCACGGAUGCCAACUAUGGAGAUCUCCGGGAAUACAAAGCUCAGGCUUACUUGAAAGUAAAUGCCAGCAGUUAUUCACGAAACAUGCAAGCACUGGAAUCCUCACCAUUACACCUUCAAGAUGGAAAAUCACGCAGGAGUAACACAGCUGCUGUGGCCAAUACUGGGGUGAGUUCAGAUAACCAGCGACUCCAUUCAACCUCCAGUUCUCAUACUACAGCAUCCAAAAUUCUCAAACACAGCCCUGGUUCAGGUGCGAGGAUAGCUACAAGCUACGGACUUGCUGUCCUGCUUCUUGUUUGUGGCUUUGUCAAGGGUGCUUUGCUAUAGUUUAAGUGCUGACUUUUUCCAAUAUCACUUUCUCUUCUUAAAGCAAAGAGAAAAUUGCCUGCUAUUUCCACGGAGCGGACAGCACAGUUGGCCCUAACUUCCAACCACCACUCUGCACCCAAUGUAUUCUAAUAAUCUACACAAGAAGCACCUUUUUCAAGUAAAAUGAAGAAGAGAACCUCUUGUACUGAUCAUAAAUUCAUGACAAUUGAGAACUGCUGUUGUCUACUUAAUAUAUUAUUGUCUUUUCACCAAGAUUUUUGUUUUUUCAAUAUUUUAUAGCCAUUGUGUCACUUUGUGGAGUUUAAAAAUGACCUUUGUGUAUUAUAUAUUUAAAUGUGUUUUUUUUGGCAAUGUAUUUUCUUUAAAGACAACCUAAAAUGUAUUGCUUACACAUGCUAUACAUGUAUCUGUAAAAGGGAAAAAAUGUUUGCAUUUGUCUCUGAUAUAUACACAGACAUACAUAUAUAUAUAUAAAUAUAUGGUACAUAUAUAUGUGUAUGUUGUUAUCCUAAAGCAGUUAAAAAGCUGAUGCUUUAUUGUAGGAUCUUUUGUAUUAAAUGUUCUGCAAAACAAUUCUUGGUCCUUGUCAUUGCAGAAAUAUUCUGUAUUAAUAAAGGAAAUAGCACAUAAUUCUUUGUUUCAAUAACUACAUGAUUAUAAUAAAGAUUACACUUUUAUCUGU